AGGGGACAGGGAGGGAAGUGAGGGGAGUGUGACAAGGGGAUGCAGUGCUCGAAGAAGCAGGAGAGAUGGUGGGUGAGGUUAGUCCACACUCAGUGAGGACUAAUCACCACACGCUGCUGGAGCUGCCUUUGGUGUGGGGGUCUCAGGCAUCCUGCCUAAAGCCAGGCAGGCUGGCUGCCUUGCCCAGUGGCUUGUAAGCUGUGCCUGUCACAUUUGUCACCAGGUGAAUGGGACUCUGUCCCAUGUGGGAGAGCUCGGAGCUCCCCUGGGAGGACGUUUUGUGGUUUUGCCCCUCACUCUCAGGCAAGGGUGCCUGGGCAUGGAUGUUCCUUCGGGUGCAAUCAUCCCCAAAGCCCUUUAUCAGCAGACGCUUUUUUGGGGCUCCCAUUGCUGUGUUGGCCAAACUCUCCAGCAUGGAUUAGGAGGGGAUGGAGUGAGGAGCAGCUUUGGGCACACUGGUGCAUCCAGGUCCCCACUGCUGCCCUGACCAGCACAAGCAGGAGGAGAUGUUGGUCCAGCUUUAAAAUUCUGGGGGUUUGUCCAUGUAAGUUGGCACUGACAGAUGUGUUGCGAGCAGGUGACAAGCAAUGACACCAAAUCCAUUGAGCUUGGUGCUGCCAUCCUCACAAACCUUCCUGGCACUGCCACAGCAGCAGGGCCCUGGAUGGCAGGAUGGGGAGGAUGGAUCUGGGGUCCAGAUGUUGCCUUGGGGGUGAAGCUGUGGGGCAGCAGCUCCAGCUAGGAAGCAGGAGUGAUGCUGUCAGGGGGAGAGGGGUGAGAAGCAGAGCCAGGAUUUUCCUCGGUUGUGUUUGGCAGCUGAGGCAGGGGUUAACCAGCCCAGGUGUCCAGCAGGAACAACACAGAUUAACAGCACUUUCCCUCACUAAAAUUAACCGAGGCUUUUGUAGCAGCCAGGCGGAGCUGCUGGAGCCGCACGUGGUCACCCUGGGCCAUCCCAGGGGCCCUUCCCUGGCAGUUCUGCAGCCUCCACCUCAGUUUUCCCCUUGGAGCUUCUGAUCCAUGAUUUGCCAUAUUAAUUUUGCCAAGCCCUUUUAGCUAAACUGAUCACAGAGAUGGAAUAUUGGAAUAUAGGUAUAAAAAUAGAUUCUUAGUAGCUGAUCUAUGUGUAGGUGGGGAUCCUGGGAGGGCUGGGGUUCCUGGGAAGUCUGUAGAUUCUGUGGUGCUGGGGGUCCUGAUAGGGCUGGGGAUCCUGGAAGGGCUGGAAGGGCUGGAGGUCCACGGAAGGUUGGGGGUCCUGGAAGGGCUGGGACCCUCUGGACCACAGCUCCCAGGCUGGGGAGCUCACGGCAGGGUGGACUGUGGUGACCAUGGGCUGGAGCCCCUGGACAGGGAAGUCUAGCCUCUCCCAGCCUGCAGGAGGAGGGAAAUGAGGCAGGAGAUGCAAUUCCCGCCCCAUGGAUCCUCUUGCUUCCCCUCCCGGGGGUCCGAGCGAGGUGGCUCGGCAGCCGCGGGGCCCCGGCUCUGCCCGGGCCCAUAACGGCGCCUUUGUGCCACGGGCGCCGCGGCAGCGCCACUGCUGACUCAGGGAUUUCUGCCGGGCACCGCCGUGGGAGCCCCGUGACCCGUCGGAGGGGGGACCCUGCGAGGAGAGGGGGUGGCGGCGAAGCACUGAGGCGACAGCUCUGCGGAAAGCCGGCGUUACUCCGUGGUGCGGCCGAGGGACAGAGGCGACAUUCCAGCUGAGCGGGACCCGCUGCCAUGGGCUCCCGGCACUUCCCGGCCCGGACCGUGCUCUUCGAGAAGGAGUCCAACGGCGUCACGUACCGCGUGCCCGCCCUGCUCUACCUGCCCUGCGCAGCCAAGCUGCUGGCAUUCGCCGAGGAGCGGCUCAGCGCCGACGAUGCCCACGCCAACCUGCUGGUGCUGCGCCGCGGCACCAUCUACGGCAGCUACGUGGAGUGGGAAGACAUGCGUGUGCUGGAGACGGCAACGCUGCAGCACCAUCGGUCAAUGAACCCCUGCCCACUCUACGAUGAGUUCACGGGCACCCUCUUCCUCUUCUUCAUCACGGUGCUGGGCAGGACACCCGAAGCCUACCAGAUUGUCACUGGCCAAAAUGUCACCCGCCUCUGCUGUGUCACCAGCGCUGACCAGGGCCUGAGCUGGAGCACAGCCACAGACCUGACGCAGCAGGUCAUUGGGGCGACCAUCAAAGACUGGGCGACGUUCGCGCUGGGCCCCGGGCACGGGAUCCAGCUGCGUUCUGGCCGGCUGCUGGUGCCUGCCUACAGUUACCACAUCGACUGCAAGGAGUGCUUUGGGCAGCUCUGCAAGACCACCCCGCACUCCUUUGCCUUCUACAGCGAUGACCACGGCCGCGGCUGGCGCUUCGGGGAGUUCAUCCCCAACCUGCAGACGGGCGAGUGCCAGCUGGUCUCUGUGGACGAGGAGGACGGAUCCAACGUCCUCUACUGCAACGCCCGCAGCCCCUUGGGCUUCAGGGUCCAGGCGCUCAGCACGGAUGACGGGGCCGUCUUCCACGGGGGGCAGCUGGUCCAGCGGCUGGUGGAGCCCCCCCACGGCUGUCACGGCAGUGUCAUUGGCUUCCCCGCACCGCUCGUGUAUGUCCCCGCCGCCUCCCGGGACACUGUGACGCCCCUCCGGGGCUCAGUUUGCCGGCUGCUUCCUGGGGUGCUCCGGGGGUUUGGGCACCUGCCCACCCGCCAGGCAGGAGGUGCUGAGCUGCCCACUGGCAACCACCAUGAGCCAGAUGAGCCUGAUGAGGACUGUCCUAUACCAGGGCAUCACGAUGAUGCCCACAGUCUCACCUUGGUCCAGGGGGACUCUGCAGCAACCCCCAGCCCCACCCCCUUCUUCCAAGCACCAACAUGGAUCCUCUACUCCCACCCCACCAGCUCCAUGUCGCGGGUGAACAUGGGGGUUCACCUGAGCACCUUCCCCAGGGACGCAGAGAGCUGGACAGAGCCCUGGGUCAUCUACGAGGGCCCGAGCGCUUACUCGGACCUGGCGUACGUGGAGCUGCCCUACAGGGACGCACCGGUGGCCGGCGGCACGGCCAUCGCCUUCGCCUGCCUCUAUGAGAACGGGAUGAGGUCUCCCUACGAGCAGAUCUCCUUCAGCAUGUUCACGCUGCACGACGUGCUCCAGAACAUCCCCCUGACAGCCGCUGCUCCCCGCCAGAGCCGCAGGAGGAAGAGGAGGUGGAGGAGCUGCCUCAUCUCCUAGAGCCUGCCCAGGUCAGCUCCCCCCAGCACCCCAGUGCUGGAUCCUGGAGCACCAACCCAUAGGCUGGGUCCUGCCACCAUCCAGCACGGCCACAUCGCACACAGGUGUGUUACUGUCCCCACACUGGGGUCUAUCUCAUUUUUAUUGCUAUUUUUUUUAAUUCUAUCUUGGGUGGGGAGACUUUUGCCCCCAGCCCAGCCCCAGGCUCCUCUCCAAGCAAGAGCCGCCUCUGGAAACAGAUAUUGGGGGGCAAAACCAGCAGAGCAGGGGGGAGGCACCCAGGGGUACCCUGUGCCAUCCCUGUGUGCUGGCUCAGGGGGAUGUGGUGCUCCAGCUGUGUCAUACCUGGUAUCACCACCCUGCCCCGAGGGCUUUCCUCCCCUUGUUAUAAAUAGUUAUACUAUAUAAACAUGGUAUAUAAUGUUAAAUUCUUUCUUUUUCAUGAAAUUUAACAUAUAAUGUUAAAUUCUUUCUUUUUCUCAAUGGUCUCUCUGAAGUCACUCUGAGGGUUUGGGCUGGGGUAGAGUUCCGUUCCUUCAUUGUAGCUGGGAUGGGGCUGGGUUUUAUAUUUGGGCUGAUGAUAAAGAAAUGUUUGUAUUGCAUUAUUUCUCUGUCUGGGCUUUUAGUUCUCUCUCUUUGUUAUUUUCCUUUUCAUUACAAUUUAUUAUUAUUAUUUCAAUUAUUAAAGUGUUUUUAUGUCAA